GAUCCCUCUGGGAGCCCCCACCCUCCCUGCUUCCUAUAAAAGGCAGGCAGAGCUGCAGAGCUGCAGAGAAGCUGAGACCAGCCCAGAAACCAACAACUCUCAGGCCGAAGCUCCCGUCCUCGCCCUCCAGCAUGAAGGUCUCCGCAGCCCUCCUGUGCCUGCUGCUCACCGCGGCCGCCUUCAGCCCCCAGGGGCUGGCUCAGCCAGAUGCCCUCAGUGCCCUGUCGGCUUGCUGCUUCAAGUUUAACAGUAAGAAGAUGCCCUUGCAGAGGCUGAGGAGCUAUCGAAUCACCGGCAGCCAGUGCCCCCAGGAAGCCGUCAUCUUCAGAACCAAACUGGCCAAGGACGUCUGUGCCGACCCCAAGGAGAAGUGGGUCCAGAAUUACAUGAAAUACCUGGCUCAAAAAUCUCCCACCCGGAAGACUUGACCUCCCCCAGCCACACCAAGACCAAGCCAGAUGAUGAGAAAUGACUAUUUAUUCUCCUCCAGCCUUCCCAUCCACACGCUGGACUAAUUUGACUGUAAUUUUCAGAUAGGAUGCGUUCCGUUUUGUGAUACAAAAUGUUCUACGUCUUGAGUAAUAUUUAAUAUUAUUUGAAUUGUUGCUGGUUUGGGGAUUAUUUUGAAGCUUGGUGAUCUUUUUGGUCAAGCAAAGCCUUGAGCCUGUUGGAUCUUUCUCACGUAAGCUGCGGGCAGGGGGUCUCCCUCCGGCCUAACUCCUUGAGGGUUGUGUCUGCGAGAAUCACGGAGACGAAGGGCGGCUACCAUGCAGGGAGGCGAGGACCUGGGAGUGCGAGAUAUUGCUAAACAUGUUACAAUGGAAAGAUGAAUGCAACUGUGGGACUGCUGACUUUCUGCGGAAAAUAGAUUUUGUUUAAAAUCUC